CUCCAAGAUUUUUUUUGGAGUAUUUGAUCACGUGGUUCGGGCCGAGAGGGCCCUGGGAACGAGGUUGAUUUGAAAGCUGUACAUCUCGAUCACGGGCGCAUUCGAAGAAUCCAAGAUGGCGGACUAUAAGCAAGUCAAGUCUGGUCGUCUAAAACUCAAAGGUUUGAACGAGCCCUCAAAGAAAAAGAAACAAAAGAAGAACAAACGUAAAAGAGAAGACGACACACCAACCGAUACCGAUACUCUUCGGCACGGAGGAUGGAGAAAACUGGAAAAUAUUUUCGAAGUGUCUGGUAACAUUGCUCUUCAAACCUAUCGUGGCUCCUACGUCGAGGCGACAGAUACUGGAUCUUUCACUGUUGGUGACCCCAGAGAUGAUGGAAUUAAUUGUCCUGCUCCUGUGGAAAUCUUAACAGCUGUUCCUUUGUCGAAUAAGAUUGCUAUCAAGUCAGGAUACGGUAGGAAUAAAUGA